GGGGAGGGGCAGUGACAGGAGCUGCAGGAAGUGCGCCGCCGCCUCCGGAAGGAGCCGCCGUGUCCGCCCAGAGCCGGCACUGUGCGGGAGGAGGAUCCGGAGACCCUGCGCUUGUCGCCGCCCGACACCCAGCGAGAGGCCGAGGCCCCGGCAGGUGGCAUUGAUUCUUUGCAUACUUAUAAAAUCAAGACUGCGUUGCUGUUAAGAUGUCACAUCUCAGUAGUGAUUGCAUACAUUUGGAAUCGGUUGGUGAAGUAACAAAAGAUGAAUUAAUUCUGAAGUCUCAUGGUACGUGUCAAGACUGUAAAGUUAGAGGACCAAACCUAUGGGCGUGUUUGGAGAAUGGCUGUUCCUAUGUUGGAUGUGGAGAAUCUCAUUCAGAUCACAGCACGAUUCAUUCCCAGGAAACUAGGCACAAUCUUACUGUAAACCUGACCACUUUAAGAGUUUGGUGUUACGCAUGUGGGAAAGAAGUAUUUUUGGAGAGAAAACUUGGUCCCCCGUCUCAAGUACAGCAUGGAAGAAUGCAGCAGCAAGUGCAUGAACAUCAGGAUUCUUCUUGUGAUCAGCCAUUUGCGUCUCCGGUUACCAUAGUGAGUGAUGAUCUAGAAGUGGAAGCUGAGUAUGACGACAUGAAGACGAGAGGUCUCACUGGAUUGAAAAACAUUGGAAACACUUGUUACUUGAAUGCUGCUCUUCAAGCUCUUUCCAACUGCCCUCCUUUGACCAUGUUUUUCCUUGACUGUGGGGGAUUAGUACAGACAGACAAGAAGCCGGCUUUGUCCAAAAGCUACCAGAAAUUGAUUGCAGAGAUAUGGCACAAGAAUCGGCCUAGUUAUGUUGUACCUACAAGUCUGUUCCAAGGAAUUAAGACAGUGAAUCCAAUGUUUCGAGGAUAUUCUCAACAGGAUGCCCAAGAGUUUUUACGCUGUUUGAUGGAUCAACUCCACGAGGAAUUAAAAGAACAAGUAAUAGAACAAGUUGAAGAUUCACAAUGCAUAAACAUGGAAGAAGAAAAGAACUCAUCAGACAAUGAAUUUCAGUCUUGUGAAUCAUGUGGUAGUAGCGAUAAGGCUGAUUCUGAGACCAACUCCAAGCUAUUUUCAGAGGACCAUGUGGAAGCUGAGUUACUUGUGCAGGAGGAAUUAAAAAGUCAUGUGCUGGUGAAGGACUGGCACAGAGAUAAAAACUAUCUUCAGAAACUUUAUAGGUCUAACUCGGGGGAGGAUUUGGAUAAAGACAUGGACACGACAGAUUCUGGUCAAAUUCAGGACAAUCAAGUGACAAUGAAAGUUCAGAUUCAAAAUAGAUUGUCAGAGGUAAACUCUGAUGUGGCUAUGCAUAGUCCUUCAAGACCAAGUAGUCCUGCAUUCAAUGAAACUGUGAAUUUAAAGCUAUCCAGCAGCCCCCCAAGAUCAAAUUCAGUCUGGGGAGGACUUGUUUCCUCACAUAAAAAAGUUACAUCCCUCCCAUCUUUUAAAAAGAGAAAGCAAACAAAAUAUAGGAGUGUCAUCUCGGAUAUCUUUGACGGCACUAUUGUGAGCUCUGUGCAGUGUUUGACCUGCGAUCGGGUGUCCACAACUUUGGAGACUUUCCAAGAUCUUUCUUUGCCUAUCCCAGGUAAGGAAGACUUGGCCAAGCUGCAUUCCGCAAGUCACCAGACGUCCUUAGUCAAAGCAGGCUCAUGUGGAGAGGCAUAUACACCACAGGGUUGGAUAGCUUACGUUAUGGAAUAUAUAAAGAGUUGGUUCUGGGGCCCUGUGGUAUCUUUGCAAGAUUGCCUGGCUGCCUUUUUUGCAAGAGAUGAACUCAAAGGAGACAACAUGUACAGCUGUGAAAAAUGCAAAAAAUUGAGAAACGGGGUGAAAUUCUGCAAAGUACAAAAUCUACCAGAGAUUUUGUGCAUACACUUGAAGAGAUUCAGACACGAACUCAUGUUUUCUACCAAGAUCAACAAUCACGUAUCAUUUCCUUUGGAGGGACUUGAUCUUCAACCUUUUCUCGCUAAGGAAAGCCCACCCCAAAUCACAACUUAUGAUCUUUUAUCAGUCAUCUGCCAUCAUGGUACUGCCAGUUGUGGCCAUUAUACAGCAUUUUGCCUAAAUGAUCUGAAUAGUAGAUGGUAUGAAUUUGAUGACCAGAGUGUUACUGAAGUGUCAGAAUCCACUGUGCAAAAUGCAGAAGCCUACGUACUUUUCUACAGGAAAAGUAGUGAAGGGAUGGAGAAGGAGAGGCAGACGGUAUCUAAUCUAUUAAACCUAAUGGAACCGAGUCUGCUUCAGUUUUAUAUAUCCCGCCAAUGGUUGAAUAAAUUCAAGACAUUUGCUGAACCAGGCCCAAUUAACAACAACGAAUUCCUCUGUGCUCACGGAGGUGUCCCUCCUCAGAAGGCGAGCUAUACAGAUGAACUGGUAGUGAUGUUGCCUCAGAAUGUGUGGGACUAUCUCUACAGCAGAUAUGGUGGAGGGCCAGCUGUCAAUCAUCUGUACACCUGCCAAACCUGUCAAAUGGAGAUUGCAAAACUUGAAAAAAGAAGAAAAGUUGAAUUGGAAAUAUUUAUCCGGUUAAAUAAAGCCUUUCAGGAAGAAGAAUCACCUGCUGUCAUUUACUGCAUUAGUAUGCAGUGGUUCAGAGAAUGGGAAACAUUUGUCAAAGGCAAAGAAAGUGAGCCUCCUGGUCAAAUUGAUAAUAUCAAGAUAGCUGUCAGCAAGACUGGUCACAUGAGUUUAAAGCAAGGAGCAGAUUCUGGACAAAUCUCGGAAGAAACUUGGAAUUUUCUUCACUCCAUCUAUGGAGGGGGUCCAGAGAUUACCCUAUGGCAAAAUGUCAGCCAUCAUGAUGCAGCGACAUCAGGUGUAGAAGAGAAAAUCGAGAUUGAAACCCGUCCAGUGCAAUAAGUGUUGAAGAAAAUGCUGAAUUGUGAUUUUAAUUGUGCUGGACUUCUAAGAGCAUUCCAGGAAGUAAUAUAUUUUCUAAACAAUUCUUUCAAUUGCAUUCUCUGUUUUGAGGGACAAUCGAUAAACACUUGUCUUGUAAUAUAGAUUGAUGUAUGUUUAAGCAUUCUUAUAUGUAUUUAAAGAUGGAAGUGUUUUCUAAUCGUAUGUGAUGUAGCUUUGGUCUGUAAAAGACCUAUGCACUGAAAGUUUACUCGUGAAACAGGUUGCUUAUAUUAAGUCAACUCAGGAAAACACUGAUGUCUUGUUUGCACUGUAUUGUGGAUGAAAACUUCAAGUGUGAUUACCCUUUCAAAUGGCUUGAUUAUACUGUCAAAGGAAUAGGAAAGCUGACAGAAAUUAUAGUUGUGAGUCUAAAUUCAAUCAUUAUAAAUUGCAAUAUUCUAAAUUAAUUGGAUUCACCUCUUUUUAUUCUAUUUCCCAAAUGAUUGAUGAAGAAAAGAAUACAGUAAUUACAAAGAAUAGUGCUUGUAAAUUUGUUGGUUGGGAUUAGGCUCACAAAUACAAUUCCUACGAGCUUUCGUGGAAUUAUUCCUUUAAAAGCACAGCUUAUUAUCUUCCGAAGUAAUAUUCUGUUGAUGCAACUGCUCCUGAAGCUUCCGAGAUUUACCAAUUGGUCUUGUGUAACAGCUUUAUUGGAUUUACUAUACUUCGAAUAACAAUGCCUUUAGCAUGUGCCUCAAAGGAAUGUUCCAUACAUUAAAACAACCUAUAAACCGGAAUGUGACUUUAGGUGUAUUUCAUCAGAUUUUUCUCUAGUUUUUUUUUAACGUGCAUGUAAUCACUGCAAAUGUGAUGUUGAUUUGAACUAGCACUUUGAAGAAAUCAUGACUCUUACCUGUUCUAAUCAUUUGUAAAGAAUGCAAGUGUACCUUUUUGAAGAAUUUAAUUGUAUCAACAGAAUUAACUGAACCAGUCUCCAUCUACGUUCUUCAAAUUAAGUACUUAAUAGAUAAAUACGCCUUUGCAUGUUAUGUUUGUGAUGUCAGGAUCAUUGAUGUGAAAAUACUGCAUUGAUUCAGAAAUACACAACCCAGGAAGUGGUUUUGGAAUGCAAAAUGUCAACAAAGGAUGUCUUAUCUUUGCCUGCUGCUGCUGUGGAACAGUUGAGAUGGCCUUUUAUGUUCAAUAAAAUUAGUUACUCUUGAACUUUGA